AUGGAAUAAUUUACUCCCCGUAGAAACGACACUGAAUUAGAAAAUUCUAGUCUAGUUGAGUUACAGUAAGAUGACAAUGCUCAUCAAAGACCAGACCCAGAAAGACUGAAGGAUAAAAGUAGAAAUAAUUCUAGGAUCUAUCAUCCUAGGGAAAAAUACUCUCAGUUGUAAAAUGAUCAAUAUAGUAGCAUGAAUGAGCCUCCUAGAAGAGCAACUACUAAGCGCUAGGGUGAUUAAGAUCUAAGUCGCUAAGAUAGCUAUGAGGAUCUGCAAAGAUUAUUGGAUAAAUAGGCUCCACCUGUGCCCUAAGGAUGGGACUAUUUGACUCUGCCUCGUAGAGUAAAUUUAAAAAGAGUCUAGGAGCCUGUAACUAAGAUCCUAGACGAUUACUUUGAACCUGUUAGAUAAAUUACUUAUCCACUAGCACCAAAAGGAAUAGUCUAUGCAAUAGGACUUGUUUUUGUUACUCUAUGCUUUACAUUGCUAAGUGUAUUGGUUUUUAGAUGGAGAGAGCACUCUAUUUGGUUCGUAGUUGGCUUAGAUGUUAUUUACUCCCUACUCUUUAUGGUUCUUAUUGCCAAAGGAAAAGCUGAGAUAAAUGAGGAAAAGAAAGGAGCUUAAGCUAAAUGCGAGAAAUAAAAAAGCAAGGACCUUAAGGACUUAGAAGAAGAAACUAAGGAAUAUGAGGAAAAUGUGAAGAAGGAAUUCGUGUACUUUGAGUUCAUUAACGUGAUCAGAAACUACUCAAGAAGAUUAAUGGUUAGAACUGACAUGGAUACUCAGCAAAAGAAGUUCCACUACAUCCUUGAUGAGAUGAGAGACAUUCUCUUUCAAAACCCUAAAUUCUGCGUAAGAUUCCUCAAUGAAGAAAUAAGAAACUCUGAUAUCUAUAUUGAGGGCUCAGAAUUUAGAAGACUAGCAACUGUGAAAGAAAUAUUUGGAACACAUUUAGCUUUACUUUGGAUGAGUGUAAAGAACCUGAGAAGAGCCUAACUUCAUGGAGAAUACUCUGAUGAUGACUUGGCAAAGCUGCAAAGCAUUAGAAAGUCAGUGCUAACUCUGACCUCCAACCAUCAUGUCAUUACUAAUAUUAUGGAGCUAGUAAACUUCGUCCUUAAUCAAGAUCAUUAAAGACUUUACACUUUCGAGGAAGUAGAAUAGAUUCUUAAUAAUUUUGAUUGCGAUUUCAAUAGCUAAACUGCUGUCAAGAAAAUUAAGCAAGUUCAGACUCUGUAUUCUGCUAUGCAACUAUUUUUCCAAAGGAAGGCUGGAGUUAAAAAGCUAAGAAAGGAGGAAGAAUCUGAUGAUGACUAUAUUGGCUCACCCCAAAAAGUUAUUAGAGAUCCAGACAUGGUAAUUAAAUUCUCUGAAAUCAAGGAAAAAGAUUCACCACUAAGAGUUGGUGCAUAAGGAGGGAGAGUUGGAAGACCUACAGGAGAUAAGAGACAAAAUGAAAACGACCACGAAGUGAAAACUGAAGAGUCAAAUGUUUCAGCUGAGCAAGUUCAUAUUGCCGAGGCUGAUGAUGAUUUCAUAGCUUUGCAAUAGACUCUACAAGAAAAUGAUGAUAUGUGGGAAUUCGGUUCAUAUUCUGAGAAUCUCAAGGUUCAAAAGAGAAGAGGUAUGAAUGGUCAAAGCGUUCACAUCAGAUGUAUAGCCAUCCUACCUAAGAUCCCCAAGCAAGUUGCAUUCAGCUGCUAUGCUGAUAAUAAGAUCAGAAAGAGAUGGGAUAGAAUGAUCUAAAACUUCACAGUUGUUGAAGAAGAUGAAGAGAAAGGCAAUAGUGUUAUAUACUACAUGGUCAAGACUCCAUCCUUUAUUCAAACAAGAGAUGCCCUUUUAGAGAAGAAAAUAAUUAAGGGUUUCCCAACUGACGGAGCUUUAUCAAUUCAUUUUAAAAGUACAACUCACCAUAAUAUUCCAGAAGAUCCAACUAAAUGCCUUAGAAUUGAUGUUUCUAGCUUUGGAAUGGUAUUUGAAGAUGCACCAGACAAGAUGGGUACUAAACUGUCCUGGGUUUUGCAUAAUGACAUUAGAGGCUGCGUUCCUAAGUCCCUCAUUAACUCAAGAGCUCUUAAGAACCCUAAGUUAAUGAUCUAGGAACUCACCUCAGCCUGCCAAAAAUUGAUGACGAAUACUUUGCUUUGA